GCCUCUUUCAAACCAUCGGGUACCUAGCACCCAGGGAGCCUGGAAAGAUGUGGACCCUUGGCGACUAGAUGAUAGAGCAGGAGAUGAGGGUCAGGCAUCCUGGGUUCCACCCCCAGCUCAGCUACCGGAGAAAGGCAGAGCACUAGGGCCCCAGAGACAGGGGGGUAGUUACCAUGGUGCAGAUCCCCAGUCAAAGGGCCCCCCCUCGGGCCACACAAACUCAGCAGGUUUCUAGAGUUGUGUGUUACAAGCAGCUGUUUGCACACUGGGGGUUGUGAAUGCUGGAAGCCACAGUCCCAGGCCAGGCAGGGAGGAGGUGCUGAGCUCUGCCGUGUGGCUGCACCACUGAAAACCCCAGCUGUGCUGCCAGGCAGCUCAGAGAAGAAGCCGCACGUUUGUUAUCGCUGAGGACCUACCUGGGUGAGAAAAGAUCAAAGACAGGCACUAGAACAGCAACUAUGGGCCAAACCCUUUCCAAGUAUCCCGGGGGCUUGGGAUCAGCUUGGGGCAUCCGGAAUCACCCAUGUGGUUUUGGCUUCAUGUUCCGGCUGGACCCCGCCAUGAUCUCGGAAGCACAUGGACAAUCUCAGGCCCACGUGGCACCAUCCAGCCCUCGUCACUGUCACAUUCAAGGGGGCGGAAUUCUCCUCACACCCGAAGCGUCGGCUCUUUGGUGGCAGCUUCUUGCCAGAAGAGCUGAUGAGCUCAGAGGCCCCCUGGGCCCAAGCCCGCUCUGGAGAGCAGCUCCUUGGCCAGUCUCUAUUUAAGUAGAAACAAUUUCCAGUAGGAAUGCAAACAACUGUAUUUGCCAUUGAAGAUGAUCUGGUCAGGCUCUCCAUGGCCCUUCACUUUGUGCAGUUUAUAGUUGUGCAAAGCAGGGGUAAUACUCCACCCUGUCAGAAUGGGAGCAUUUUACAUCCACUUGUCUCUGAUGUAAUGGGCACCCUGAGGCGCAUGGUGUGGAGAAUCAGGCCUCGAGCACCUCGGAAGGGGAAGCUCCUGGAAGUCGCAGGGGACACCAGCAAGCUCUUUGCCCUCAGCCUUGGGUCUGGUACCUUUACAGACAUGCUUUUGAUGUGCCCUAGGUGGAAGGCCAUGACCAAUUGCACAGAACAGCAGUACUGGGACAAUCUCCUGUGCCAAUGCAUCUCCUGCAGAGUUGCAUGUAAUCGGCCCAGGGUGGAGAGAUGCACUACCUUCUGCGCAUCAAUGGACUGCAUCAAGCAACCCGACUCCUACUACGAUGAGCUCUUGAGAAAAUGCAUCAACUGCUCGGGCAUCUGUGGGCAGCACCCAAUCCAGUGUCUCCCGUUCUGUGAGAAUAAACUGGUAACUACCUCAUCCAGAAUGGCUGCUCUGGAGCAGAAGCUAGGCAGUGAUCAGGACCAAUGGCUGGUUGUCUACCUGCUGCUGGCGCUCUGCCUUUGCACCGUGAUCUGCUCUUUGCUGGUGGGCUGGACCCACUUCAAAAGGAGGGGAGCGGAGGUCUCCUGCCAGCCCACCCCUGGGACCUGCCACAAGAGAGAGGAUUCCUCAAAAGAUCACUUAGUGGAAGCAGGGAGCGUUGGAGGUGGCUCCAUCGGGAGCAGACUACCGGAGCCCGUGGAAACCUGUGGCUUCUGCUUCCCUGAACAAGGACCUGCCAUGCAGGAGACCAAAGCAUGUCACAGCUCCUUCUAUCAUCCUGGAGCAAGGGCUACUGCCUCGCUGGCUGGGAUAUCCAGCACAGGAAGUGCUGGGGCUAUCCCCGCCCCUGAGGAUGGCCAUUUCAAAAUCAUAUGCUCCCCAUCACAAGAGAAGACACCGAUGACAUGAACUCAUUGAGCGAUGCGGUGAUCAGGGAGAGAAGUAACACUCCCCACACUCAGAGUAAAGCUGCUUGCAUUUGAUCCUUGCUCUCAAUCUUCAGUAAAACACAACUGUACCUUGCCUGCCAAUCACGAUAGAAGCUACCUUCAUACCAUGGAAACAGACUGUGGACAGUCACUAUUUUCCUCUACUAUGGAAAUAAAAUUCUCAUGAUUGUUAUGC